GUUCCACCAGGUUCCUGAACUAGACUGUCGGUAAAUGGCUGGUGGCGAGACUUGUGUUAAACGAUCCAACUGCACGUUGGUUUUAUUCAGCUACGUAUUUUGUUGUUCCUGAUUUAAAAUCUAAAUUUUGUAUAUUUAAAAAAUCCAGCUGGGUUGCGGAAUUGAACGCGGUUCAGGAUAGUGGGCAGAUACCUACAGGCUGGCUUUUGUGCUGCGGGUGCCGGAGACGGUUUGAGAUUCCCUGGAGUGGCCGUGGAUACCUGAGAGUGGGGCCAGACCGGAGCGAAAUCAGAACAGCAAGACAUUCUGACUCCCUGGGGCAGCCGAGAUGAGUAGAGAAGUUCCCUAUUUUCUCUUCCUUCUUUCUUGAAUAGUGGAAUUAUAAGCCAUUGGGACCAUUCUAGAAUCCAGGGACUUUUGGAAAAUCAUAACCAGCACAUCCACUAUCUCUGCAGCUACCUCUUUUAGAACCCUUGGAUGCAGACCAUCAAGUCCUGGUUUUCUUCGAGUUCAGGUGGAUUCCGAAAACGAAAACAUGAUAAUGUGCAGCCUCGUAACCGAAAGGAAGAAAGGGAAAGUAAUAUAAAUCCAUCCUCUCCAGUGCUGUUAUCCUUCAAGUCCUUUCAAAAGGAGCUAGAUGCAAAGCAUGAUAAAUAUGAGAGGCUAGUAAAACUCAGUCGUGAUAUUACUAUUGAAAGCAAACGGAUUAUUUUUCUUCUGCACAGAGUAACCAGCAUUAGUGACAUUGAGGAAUUGCUAAAUGAAUCUGAGGGCAAAUUUGGUGAUGUUAGACUAAAGAUCCAGCAAAUUUCCCAGGAACUGAUUGGUGAAGACACGUGCCAAUUUCACCGUGCAUUUUCUCCAGGAUUACAGGAAUAUGUGGAAGCUAUUUCAUUCCAACAUUUCAUUCGGACCAGAAGCCUGAUUAGCCUUGAAGAGAUUAAUAGGCAUUUAGUCUUUGCUCCAAAAAAAGGUGAAGCAGAGAAUUCUGAGGUCUUGGCCUUAUCCAAUUCACAGGAUGGGAAACAGAAACAACUUUUCUGUCUGCAGGUGACUCCCACAGACUACCUGUUGGGGGUUGCAGAUUUGACUGGUGAAUUGAUGCGCAUGUGUAUCACCAGCAUAGGCAAUGGGGAUAUUGAAACACCCUUUGAGGUGAGCCAGUUUCUACGUGCUAUCUACGAUGGGUUUACUUACAUUGGUAACACUGGACCUUAUGAAGUUUCUAAGAAGCUUUACACAUUGAAACAAAGUCUAGGAAAGGUGGAAGAUGCCUGUUACACAUUGACUGUGAGAGGCUCUGAAAUUCCAAAACAUAUGCUUGCUGAUGUGCUUAGCUCAAAAACAUCCAUGAGCGAACAUGAGGAAGGUAUAUAAUUAAUAAGACAUCAAGGGAAAAGGUAUGGGUCUGUUGAUACACACAAGUUAGUUAUUUGUUAGCUUAAUUAUGGGAAUAAUGUAAUUUACCUUUCGUUGAGUUGCACACUACAUGCAACCAGGAGAUCCAAUAUUAAAUUUUUUGUAUUUUCCCCAAAUGUAUUCAGCUGUAUUCUAUCCAUUACAUUACAGAAUUCCUGAUCUAGAGGCUGUUUUGACUACAAAUAUAGUUGAAAGUUGAAUGUUGAACCAGAAUUUUAAACUGCUUUCGAAAAUAAUGCUGAUGUUCAAAAUAGGAAUGAGAGUGUCUCAGAAUUUGGCAGAAUAUCACUGCUGCUGCUUUUGUAGGGAGAACCGUAAGGUCUCAUCUAUGGCCUAAUUUUUUCAAAUUGGUUAUGCUUGGCUAUCAGAUGAGUAUAUUUUAGCUCCCACAUGCCCUUUAUUUGUAAACUGCCCAGCAAUCCCCAAAAAUAUAAAUGUUUCCACUUCCUUAUAAAAGGUUUUUUUUUGCUGAAGGUAGUUUUGAUACACAAUAAACGAAAUUGCAUUGUGUUAGAGUAGACACAACAGAACAAAUUUUAUUGUAUGCCAUUUUCACAAUACAAUUCCUAAUAAUAAAAAUUAAAUGAAUCAGUAUUGUUUGGAUGCUAUGGGUGAUAUAGCUACAUUCUGUAGACCAAUGCGCUGAAGGUAUCUUUGAGAUGAAAUUUGACUUGUAUAUGUUGUAAAAACUGAAAGUGCUGGAAAUAUUCAGGUCAGGCAGCACCUGUGAAGAGAGAGAAGUGGUGUUAAUGUUUCAGUUGACAACCUGAAACAUUAACUUUGUUUUGCUCUUCACAGAUGCAGCUUGACAUGAGUAUUUUCAGCUUCUGCAGUAUUUUGCAUCUGUAGUUGCAUAUGUUGAUUUUAUUUGCAUCUUUGAAUAUGAAGACUGGAUUGAACUUAAGUUUUUAAUGUAAGCGCAUAACAUAACUAAGAACAUUGAUGCAAAAAUGCUUUUCCAUUUUAUGUACUUGCUUAACCAAAAUAAAACUGUUGAAAUUGAAAUAGCAAAA